AUGCCCCGCGCCCGCGCCGUUCGCUUUCAGCUCACAGAGCAACCUCCAACGCUUAGGACCAAACCACGCCAUUCAGACCCUCGCAUCGUACCACGGGGUAUCCUUAGGAUACCACGAACACUGCGGACACAGAACCGGUCAAGUUCAAAUGUUUCACAGCAUCAAACGGUAGUUCACCAAGGCCGUUCUGGACGUAACAGGUCGGCUUCGCUCUCUACGUCGUCUUCCACGACCCUCGUUUGCGUGAACACUCAGCCGGCCUUGUCUCAUAAACGCCAGGCGGCUGUGGAUUUCGGUCGAUCCCAACCUUUUACAAACGUGUCGAACGAUGUCAGGAGUGCGCAACAUACAUCUUCCACCGUUCAUUGUCCUCAACCAACGCGUCAAGCUCUGAUGCCACUGACUCCUACCCCUUGGAAUCAACCUCAGCCUCCGGUCACCACGAAUUUCUCGAUCUACCGUCCCUCGACACCAUCUCGCUUUACGCCAUACGCGCCUCCCUCGCAAUAUACGAAUCGCGAAUGGGAAAAUCGUGUCCCGGCAGUUCAGCACGCGCCUUACUUGCUGCCAAGUUCGCCUAUGCAUUGGACGAGCGUUCCCAGCCAGCCUCCCCCAGAACCAUCGCUAACAGCAUCCACCAUCCAUCUUGGCCCGUAUCUCCAUGACAGAAACUUCAGCUGGAACAUCAUUCAUUCCCCUUCCUUCGCUGCCUACUUCUCCGCAGGCGGUGUGCCACCCGACAUCAGUAUGCAUGCCACCGAUCCACCCAUUCCCAAACUCACAAUCAAGUUCUCCCUCGCCCACCUGUCGGACUGGAAUUUGAAACAAUGGGAUCCCCUUGUGGUUCGCGGUACUGGCUCCCAAGGUGUCACAAUCCGCGACGUCAUCGAGGGGAUAUACGCGUAUUUUCAGACCCCGCUGAGAUAUCACGAGUACAACUAUCGAAACAUAGAGGACUAUCGGCUUCUUAUGAAUUCGUAUGCGAGAAGGGUGACUUCGCUGCGGUAUCAAGGCCUGGGGCUACCUCAUGAAGAUCUGAGGAGGGUCGACGUUCUUCUGGGAGCUACGCAUUUUAUGGGGCUGAAGCUGGCGUCUGUGAGGGAUGGCCGAGUCAAGUUCUUCCUCUCGCUCGGCUAUGACUCGAGUUACUGA